AUGGCUUCACAUUCAAUACCUUCUGGUUCUAAAACCACACAUCUUAAGAAAACAAUUUUAUCUGGCGGUAAUUUUCAUGAUAAGUAUGAUGUUCUUAUUAAGUUUUACUCAGCACAGAAUUUACCAAAAAAAUGCAUAGCUGGACAUAUUGAUCCAUAUUUUGUAGCCGAUAUAGAUCAUCAAAUUUCAUUUACAUCAACUAUUCUUUCAAAUACAUUAAAUCCUAUAUGGAAUGACGAAGAAUGGAUUGUUCGAAAUGUUCCAUCCACGGCUAAACUUACUGUUAAAAUCUAUGAUAAAGAAGAUGGAAAACUUGCUGAUAGCUAUAUCGGUCGAGUUGUAAUUACAGAUCUUAUUAAUUAUGAUCCUUCUUUAAAAGGUUAUAAAAUCAUUGGACCAUUUAAUCAAUAUAACGGUCGUUUUCAUUUAUCUAUUCAAUCGAAAAAGGUAUCUAAAGAGACUAAACAACUUUGUGAAUAUGCAUACGAUGGCCCUUGUCGAUAUUCCCGUCAUGAUUGUAUUGCUGUUGGUCGUUUAACUAUGAUCAAUACUGAUUGUCUUUAUCCAACAUGGAAAAUACAAAUGAAAAGAAUUUCACACUUUUUUCCACCUAAUGCACGACAAUAUUGGAGUAGACAAUACCAAUCAGCAAGAACGAUUUUUGGUGAUUAUCCGCUUUCAAUAGUAUUACAAGCUGGAAUCAAAUUAGCCCAUAGAACACUCUUUAGAAAAACAUUAACACAUAAUGAUACUGGUCAAUUGAAGAGUGCUGAUGAUCUUUGGAAAUUCUUGCUUUUUGAUAAAGCAACAAAAAAAAUUAGACCAUGUGUUUAUACAUAUAUUAUUGAUGAUAAUACAUGGAGAUUUAGUGAAACAGGAAAUCAAUUUUUUACGGAUUUUGCUAGUAAACAUGCUAUAUUAGCUAAUUGUUCAGAAUAUAUUCUUUAUGGAGGUCAAUUUCAUCCUCGUCCAAAAUAUGGAUGGAAUCGAUUAAAUGAUGAGUGGGAAUUAGUAUUUGAUAAUGUAUCUGGUACUUAUGCACCAAAUGGUGAUUUAUUAGUAAAUUUGAAAGCAUUAUUGUUAUUUAAUUUUCCUGGAUUAAAUAUUGUUACAUAUAAUUAUAAAGAUCCCAAACUAAAACAAAGCUUAGAAGAUGUGAGAUUAGCAGCCGAAAAGUUUAAAUAUAGUACAGAAACACUUGAAAACACGCCAGUCAUUAUAAACAAUCUAUUCUAA